AUGUCAAGCCUCUUCGGCGCACAGCGCGUGGCAGGCUGUGCGGUGACGCCCACUCCGCCACCUGAUAAACGCCCGCGCACGCAUCACUCCCUGCCCUCCAGCCCGUCGCAACCGCGCUCGGUGCUGCAGCUGCCGUCAGAGCGCCCGGGCGUCCAUAGAAGCACACCCGAGCUCCCCGCCGCCACUCGAACUCAUGGCGUCACAAGAAAAGCCGCCAGCAGCAGCGGAAGCAACGCGAGCAUGAGCAGCAGGCGGGCAACAGGAUGCGUAUUCUGCUUAGGGAGUGACUCGUGGCAGCGCACGGGCCAACUAUGGCGAACAGCGGGAGCAACAGCCGCAAUUGCGAGACGGCUAGGCGGCAAGCUGACGGCCGGGAAGUUGUCAGCGCAGCGGCAGCGGCGGCAGCAGGCGCAGCGGGGGUGCGGGUGCGUGGCCGCCGUGUCCAUGGCGAGUCCGCCCGGGCCCGUCGCAGAGCCGGGACCCGGCGCGAGCGACAGCGGCAUGGGCGCGGGCGAGGCGGCGGGCACGGCGGAGGAGCGCGUGGGCGUGCUGCUGCUGAACCUGGGCGGGCCCGACACGCUGGACGACGUGCAGCCGUUCCUCUUCAACCUCUUCGCCGACCCGGACAUUAUCCGGCUGCCGCGCGCGCUGCGGUUCCUGCAGCGGCCCAUCGCGCAGUUCAUCUCGACGAUGCGCGCGCCCAAGAGCCAGGAGGGGUACGCCGCCAUCGGCGGGGGCUCGCCGCUGCGCCGCAUCACCAUGGACCAGGCGGAGGAGCUGGGGAAGGCGUUGCAGAAGAAGGAGGUGGCGGCGAAGGUGUACGUGGGCAUGCGCUACUGGCACCCCUUCACCGAAGAGGCCAUCUACCAGAUAAAGCAGGACCGCAUAACGCGGCUGGUGGUGCUGCCGCUGUACCCGCAGUUCUCCAUCACCACCAGCGGCUCCUCGCUGCGCCUCCUCGAACGCAUCUUCAGGGAGGACGAGUACCUGGUGACCAUGCAGCACACCGUCAUCCCCUCUUGGUACCAGCGCCGCGGCUACGUCGAGGCCAUGGCCACACUCAUAGAAAAGGAGCUGCUCGCCUUCUCACGACCAGAAAUUGUGAACAUAUUUUUCAGUGCGCACGGGGUGCCGGUGGCGUACGUGGAGGAGGCGGGCGACCCGUACAAGGCGGAGAUGGAGGAGUGCGUGGGGCUCGUCAUGGACGAGCUGCGCCGCCGCGGCGUCUAUAACAACUACACCCUCGCCUACCAGAGUCGGGUGGGGCCAGUGGAGUGGUUGAAGCCGUACACAGACGAGAGCAUUGAGACCCUUGGCAAGGCCGGCGUCAAGAGCCUGCUCGCCGUCCCCAUCAGCUUUGUGAGCGAGCACAUAGAGACGUUGGAGGAGAUAGACAUGGAGUACCGCGAGCUGGCACUGGCGUCGGGCGUGGUGGAGUGGGGGCGAGUGCCAGCGCUGGGGUGUGAGCCGUCGUUCAUCGAGGACCUGGCGGACGCCGUGCUCGAGGCCCUGCCCUACGUCGGUGCCAUGGCCGCCUCCUCCCUCGAGGCCCGCCAGGCGCUGGUGCCACUGGGCAGUGUGGAGGAGCUGCUGGCCACGUACGACAUCGAGCGGAGAGAGCUGCCCGCACCCGUGGCCAUGUGGGAGUGGGGGUGGACCAAGAGCGCCGAGACGUGGAACGGGCGUGCCGCCAUGGUGGCCGUGCUGGGGCUGCUGCUGCUGGAGACCUCCGCCUUUCCCACCGGAGAUUCUCCCGCCGGCGUUUUCACAGCGCGCGCGCUCACCCGCCCAUGGCGCGCACGGCGAAGCGGGGGGGCCUCGGAGGACGAGCUGUCGAGGGCGGUCGCGGCGCAAGAGGCGCUGGGGAACGUCGCGGCGCAGACGGACGGGGUAGCACAAGCGGAUGAGGCGCAAGCGCAGGAGGGGCGGAAAUUGGGGAGCGGAGGGGAUGAGGGGAGCAGCGGGGCGGGAGAGGUGGGGCAUUGGGAAGAGGGGGAAGGCAGCGCGGCAGGGGAACGUACGGAGGGUGAAGCGGGGAGCGGCGGAGUGACGGUGAUCCGACACUUCUCGUUGCAUGGGGAGAACCGCACGCUGCCGUGGGAGGAAGACUUCUGGCGGGUGGCGAGGAAGCCCAAAAGGGGGAUGGAAGGGGACGGUGGAGACAGGGAGCGGGGAGCAUGCGCUGUGCCAUGCCUCUGUGUGCCGCUCAUGCACGCAUGGCCACUACCGUGCGCCUGCCUUGUGCUCCCCCCGCGCUCUCAUCACCCUCCACGCUUGGCCCGUGUGCGCGCGUGCAUGCACGUGUCCCCCGUGGUGCAGGCGUGGACGGCAGCGUAUGGGCUGGAGCACCGCUGGAGCGCUCCCACCUCCGUCUCCCUGCCGCCCGCCCUCGCUGCUCACAUUGCCGCCAGGCGCAGGCGACACAGACGACGGGGGCGACAGGAGGCGAGGCGGAAGCACGGAGUGAAGGAGCAGGCGGAGGAGCAAUGGCCGGAGGUGGAUGAGAGUGGGGAUGCAGGCGGUAGCAGUGGCGGAGUGCCCCCUGCGCCGCACCUGGUGGCGUGUGAGGCGGCAGCAGCGCAGCAGCGCCUGCUGGAGCAGCGCCUGCCCGACGGCUCUCCCCCACCCUGGGCUGCCCCUGCUGCUGCCGCCACUGCCGCCGCCGCUGCAGAGGCUGCUGACCCUAAAGGGUACCGCGAGGGGCUGAGAGGGGCGGGCGCUGGGGAAGGCGACGAGCGCAGUGAGGGGAGGGAGGCGGGGCGCAGGCAGGAGGAGAGGUGGGCGACAGUUCCUCAGACACCGUGGGUGCAGGGCAGCGACGCAGACAACCUGCCGUUCACGCGCGUGGUGCAGGCGGCGCUGUGGCUGCACCAGUUCCCGCGGCACUGCCAGCACCCGAAGCACCGGUUCGUGCUGUACCAGUGGCCGGGCGAGGGCGACCACGGGCUGGGGUCCGACGUGCACCUGCUGUCCGUGGCCAUGGGCGUGGCGCUCGCCACAGGCCGCAUCCUCGUGCCGCACCGCAACUUCUUCCGCGCCCACCACGACGCCUGCUCCGGCGAGGCAGAGGGGUCGUUGGCGUGCUACUUCGCUCCGCUGACCCACGCGCACUGUGAGGAGGCCGUGGCUGCGCUGGUGGCGGCGCAGCCAGAGCUGGUGGUGCCGCCGGGCAUGGAGGGCGCGGGCGUGGAGCGGUGGGUGGCGGGCAUGGUGGUGGACUGCCACGAGGUCAUGCACGCCCUGCUGCUCCAGCUGCGCGGCCCCCAGCCUGUCGUCAUGCUGCCCCUCUGCGCUCCCUCCCACCUGCUGCACGCCGUGCCGGGGUGGUGGGGGCGGCCAUGGGAGGCAGUGCCGCGCUCAGAGGAGGUGGUGGGCGACAGCACUGUGGCGGGGCCGCGCCAGUGGAACCGGGUGAGCUGGUGGCGCGCUCAGACCACCCGCUUUGCCAUGCGCUGGCCCUCGCCCUACCUCUGCCACCUCACCAACAUCGCACGCCAUGCCGCCUUUGGCCCACUCACAGCACGACAAGUGGUGGCAGGAGAGGCGGUGAAGCGGGAGGCAGAGCGCAUGAUGGCAGGCACCAACCGCACUCAGUUCGAGCGCCUCAUGGCCGGCAUCUCAAGGCAGUCUCUGCCUUUCUCAGGGGGCAUUUGGGACGUGAGCAACACGCAGGCUGCUGCCGCUGCUGCUGGUAGCAGUGCCGCCAGCACUGCUGCUGCUGCCGCCACACUUGCAUUCGCCGGCAGUGCAUCGUCCUCGCUGGUGUACGCCCCCCCCUACGUGCCGCGGCCGCUGCUGAGCAUGCAUGUGCGGGCGGGGGACAAGGCAUCGGAGAUGGAGGUGUUUCCCCUGGCGGCGUACAUGGUGCUGGCGGCACGUGUGCGCCUCAAGGACCCCUCGCUGCACCACGUGUGGCUCAGCACUGAGAUGCAGGCAGUGGUGGAGGAGGCGCGGCGCUUCCCCGGGUGGACCUUCCACCACACGCGCAACCCGCGCGUGGGCGGGGCCAACACGGGCAUGGUGUCGUUUGAGAGUGCGCUGGGGCACGAGCUGGCGGGCGCCGUGUCGCUGGCGAACCUGAUGGUGGCGGCGCAGGCGGACUACUACGUGGGCGCGCUGGGGUCCAACUGGAACCGCCUCAUCAACGAGCUGCGCGUCACUGGCGGCCGCCUCAAGGCGGGGUACCUGUCCGUCAACUACGAUGAGAUGUAG